AGCAAGUACAUUAUUGUGCAUAUAUAAAUAGGAAAACAAAGCUCUAAUAGAUCUCCCUUCUUCUCUUCUCUGUUUUGAUUGGUUCCAACCUUCCCUUCUUUCCUUGCCAUAUUUCAUUACGAGCCAAACAUAGAAAGCAAAAAAUGGUGCUCUCAAAAAGAAGUUCCAUAAUCUUCAUAAUUUUUUGCUUUUCCCUGCUCCAAAACGCCACAAUUGGCUCAUCAAAAUCACCAAAGACAAAGAACCUCUCAUUCCAUGACUUCAAAGAAGUAAGAGACGCAACUUCCUUCAAGUUCACAAACUUCUCUUCCAUUGAUGGUGGGGCCCUUCAGCUGACCCCAGACAACGAGAACCAGCCCUUGGGAUACUUCAACAAAUCCGGCAGAAUCAUGUACUAUAAACCUUACAAGCUCUGGCGAUCCGAAACUGACCGAGACAUUGCCUCUUUCAACACCACUUUUGUCAUGAACAUCUACAGGAACAGAACUUGGAACCCUGGCGAAGGCUUCGCUUUCCUAAUUGCGCCGGAGUUCGACGUCCCCGAGGAGAGCCACGGCCGGUGGCUAGGCCUCACCAACGCCUCGACCGAUGGAAAUCCCGAGAACCGCCUGGUGGCCGUCGAGUUCGACACCGAGAAGCAAGAGUUUGAUCCUGAUGACAACCACAUCGGCCUCAACAUCAACUCGGUGAGAUCGAAAACGACAGUCUCGCUUGACCGAUUCGGUUUCCUAAUCUCGCCGGAGACAGGCACUGACUACAGAGUGUGGAUCCAGUACAACGGUAAGUCCAAAGUAAUGGAAGUUUACAUGGCGAAUCGGAGCGAUGAGAGGCCAAAGCAACCGUUCCUGAAUGAGACCAUAAACCUGAAAGACCAUGUCAAGCAGAGUUCCUACUUCGGUUUCGCCGCCUCCACGGGGAAUCCCGGGAUUCAGUUCAACUGCGUGCUGGAAUGGGAGCUGCAAGUGGAAGACUUUUCGGGUAAGAAAGACGGGAAAUGGUGGAGGAUUGCCCUUGGGGUUGGUGUUUCAGUCAUGGUUUUGUUAGCCUUGUGUGGUGUCAAGUUUGGAGUUGCUUGUGUCAAAAAGAGAAGAGAUCUUGAUGAAGACUCCAAUGUUUUGGGAGCAUUAAAAAGGUUGCCUGGGAUGCCAAGAGAGUUCAGAUACAAGGAUCUCAAGAAGGCCACAAAUGAUUUCCAUCAGAAUAUGGUUUUGGGACAAGGUGGAUUUGGUGUCGUUUAUAGAGGAAUUCUUAGAGAUUGGGAUGGACGUAGUACUAGUUCUGCUUUAAGAACUAAUGAAAUUGCUGUGAAGAAAUUCUCCAGAGAUGACAUCAAAGGCAAGGAUGAUUUCUUGGCUGAGCUCACAAUCAUUCACCGGCUUCGCCAUAAGCAUCUUGUCCGUUUAGUUGGUUGGUGCUAUGAAAAAGGAAAGCUUCUUCUAGUCUACGAUUACAUGCCAAACGGAAGCCUUGAGAAACACCUCUACGAAUCCUCCAACACACUGAACUGGAGACAUCGACACAAGAUACUUGCAGGCGUAGCCUCGGCAUUGCAUUACCUUCACAACGACUACGACCAAAAGGUGGUUCACCGUGAUCUCAAAGCCAGCAACAUCUUGCUUGACUCUGACUACAAUGCUCGGUUAGGUGAUUUCGGGCUUGCACGUGCCAUAGAAAACGAGAGGACCUCGUAUGCUGAGCUAGGACUAGCUGGUGUCCCAGGCACAAUGGGCUACGUAGCCCCGGAGUGCUUCCACACAGGAAAGGCUACGCCGGAAUCUGAUGUAUUUGGCUUUGGUGCGGUGGUGCUUGAGGUGGUGUGUGGCAGAAGCCCCGGAGUUAAGAUUCAGCACGAGGAGCACCAGUUCACAUUGGUUGAUUGGGUUUGGAUGUUGCACCGUGAAGGGCGUAUUCUAGAGGCUGUGGAUGAGAGGCUUAAGAAUGAGUAUGUUGUCGAGGAAGCAAAUCGGCUUCUGCUUCUGGGCCUGGCGUGCUCACAUCCUGUAGCCAGCGAAAGGCCACAAACUCAGGCCAUUUGCCUAAUCAUAGCCGAGACUCUGCCGUCGCCUCAUGUGCCUCCUUUCAAGCCUGUCUUCACAUGGCCUAACUUGGGCUUGGGCGUUGCCUUUAGCUCCAUUGAAAGUGAUUAUUCAAAUAUCACAUUGUCUUCUUGAACUGUGAGGAAACGUAGAAUCUAACAUUGAUUUAUUGGGGCUCAGCUCAUCCCGAGAUUGGAGGGUUACCGACUUGGCACUUGCAAUUCCUGUUACUCGGUUUGGAGUCAUUUAACCCUCCUUUCGAAUUUAAAUGGGAGAUUUUUUUUAUAUAAUCCCACGUUUGUGUUCCUUACAACCAAAUGAGUACGGGCCAAGACUGUACUUAGAACUUAUGUGAAUUGGCAAUUUCUUCUACUAUGUAAUUAAAAGGAAAAUUCCAUUUCCACCUUUCUUUUCAAGAA